AUGCCCCGCGACCCAUCGACGCUCGCACAUCAGCACAACCCUCACGGGUAUGCCCCGCACGCCCGCUCCAACGGCCAUUCGCUCUCCACAUCCCACUCGUCCACCCACACCCGCCGCCGCUCGCGCGACCACCGCGCACCGCCGCCCGUCCCCGCCGCUGUCGCCUCGCUCUCCCUCGCAGCGCCCACAGCGUCGGGCUCGGGCUCGGUGUCGGGGACAAGCAGCGUCGGGUCCGGGUCGGCAUUGUUGCUCAGCGGCGAAGGGAACGGCCGCGCCGCGGGGAAUGGCGCCCCGGGCGUCAUGGGCUACCCCGAUGGAAACGGGCACGGGGGUCAUGAAGGAGCAGACCUAGACCUCGACGGGACCGCUGGCGCCAACGGCAGCAGCCACGAUGCCGACGACGCCGAUGUGGUCGUUGUCGGUGCCGACUACGACCCCGUCGGCGUGUACGACCGUGUGACGUCGCGCGACACGUUCUGGAACGAGCUGGACCACCUCCUCACGCUCCCCGAGGCGUGUGGGCUCGAGCAGCUCGACAGCACCUUCCGGCUGUUUGUGAGCGUGUGCGGCGCCUUCCAUGACCAGUACCUCCGCGAUGGCGCAGACAUGAACGCCAUCAUGGACAUGCUCCUCGACAGCGAGCUGUUCGAGUUCCACUACGAACGCAUGGUCAGCAUCAUGAUGGCCGAUGCUCAAGAGAACACCAACCCGCACGAGCUGUACAUCUGGUACCACAUGAUCCUCUUUUAUGGCCAGCGACACCCGAGCCUGUUCCGCUCGCACCGUAAAUGGCAAAAGUUGCUACCAACGCUCGGCGAGGUGGUGGGCCUCGACUAUGAGGACGCCUUUGUGUUUGGCCUACCGCCCAUCGAGAGCCGCCUGCGACUGCCGGCAACGUACCUCAUGUACGAGGUGUGCCGCGUGCAAAAGCUCGACCACCACGAGCUGUCGCAGUUUGACGACCGGUUCAUUGACCACAUGUUUGAAAUGGUCGAGACGACGCGCGACCAGCAAGACGAGCGACUGAACUAUGCGGUGAUCAAGCUGAUUGUCGCCCUCAACGAGCAGUUCAUGGUCGCCACGCUGCCGAAACGGCACAGCAAGAAUCCCGCACACCACCACAUCCAAGGGUCGGCAUCGGCGUCUGCGUCGACAGUCACUCUGCCGUUGCCGUCCACUGCCGGCGAGGGCGGCCUGCAGGUUACCGAGAAGCGGCCGCGCGCACACAGCGUCGCGCCCGCCACCCCGCGCGAGGACAACGCCGAGGACGCCAAAAAGUACAACCGCGUGCUGGUUGUCCUCAUGCGCCGGCUGGGGUCGAGCAAGACGUUUGGCGAAAACGUCAUCUUCAUGCUGAACCGAGCCGAGAACACGUCCGAGGGCCUGUGCAUGCAGCUGCUCAUCCUCAAGAUUCUCUACCUCCUGUUCACGACCCCGGGCACACAAGAGUACUUUUUCACAAACGACCUGCGCGUCCUGCUCGACGUGUUCAUCCGCGCGCUCGUCGACUUGGGCGAGGAGCACGAGGCGCUGCGACACACGUACCUGCGUGUCCUGUACCCGCUCCUCUGCCACACGCAGCUGCGGGACGACCCGUACAAGCGGCCCCAGAUCCGGCUCAUUCUCCAAUCGCUCAUCUCCAACGGCCACUUUCGGGACAUUGGCACCACGACGCAGCGUCUUGUCGAGCGGUGUCUCGCAGAGGCCGACCCGGAAAAGGCAAAGGCCGCAGCAGCCCGUCCACCCCACCACGGCCACCACCCAGCACACCGCUCGGCGUCCGACCCCAUCCGCAACCUCAGCAGCAUGCCGUCGGCCCCGCGCCAGAUCAGCCACGAUGUUAUCGCGACCACGACCAGGAACCGCGACCGCCUGUCGCCCGACUCGGCCAUGUCGCUCGGCUCCGUCGCUGCCGCCCUGCCCUGUGGCCCCGACGGCGGCAGCAGUAGCACGUCGGUGUACACGUCCAACGACCCUGUGCGCGUCACCUCGCUCAUUGACGUGUCGGGCGCGCUGGAACGGCCCGGGUCGGCGGCGUCGAUCAACUCGCCCGUCGACCGGAGUGCCGCGGGCACACCGCAGCCGCGCGCCCAGCGCCGGCGCGCGCCGCUGCCCCCGCCCAAGCGGAAGAACUCGAGCACGAGCCAGCUGAGCGUCGGGAGCAGCACAGACGACGACGAGGGCGGCGGGGUGCCGCCCGACGAGCUCGUCAAGCUCGGCGCGGCGGGCGUGCCGCCCACGGUCAUUGAGGCGUCCGCGUCCUGGGUCACGUUUACGGCCUAG